GCAAAGGAAGCAAUAUGGACAAUCACAAUACAUUAAUAAGUGGCUUGUAUUAACUGUCACUACAUGAUAAAUGCCAUUUGCUGAAGUGAGAAAAGCCAUUUAAUAAAAAUUGUUUGUGGAGACAGAUCACUUUAACCAAUUCACUUAUUGUCACGUAGCUGUAACUUGCAGUUAGAUAACCCUUCCUGCAUCCCCACAAACAUGUAGGUAAUGGUGCCUGCCGGCCCACCCACUGGAGUAUAGUUAUGACAGCCGCCCACCAGUAUGAAUGGCUGGGAUUGGAGAAAACUCCUAUCACAUUCAUUUUUCUACACUGUAAUCAACAGAAAGUGUAGCUCAAAAAAUGCAAGGGCCUUUUUUGUCAUCUCACCUACAAUAUCCCAGUACUGAAAUCAUCAGGUCUGAUGGUUUAAUAUGGUCAUCUUGAUGUCCACAAACUGUUCCCAGUGCCUUCUGAGACAGCUGUCCAAUAUAAUUAGAGCAUUUGUCUGCUGUAUACCAAUGUAUAUUGUCCCAAUCAAGGCCUCUGACAAGUUAUUGGAGCCAUAUGGUUAUGCUUCUUGCGUGUGCCAGUGUAAACCUAGUCUAACCAUGUAUCGCAAGCUGUACACCCGCACAAGACCUGAUGCACGUGACCGUAUUGGUCGAGUGCAUGGGGCCCAAGUGUUUUUUUGUUUUGUUUUUUACAGUAACUGUCCUGCGUUGUGGCACCGAAUGACAUUGUCUGGCAUUGUGAAACCAGAAGUAGUAUGACAUCACUACGCUCUAGAACACCCACAUGCAGUAGAAAAAAAUACCAAUUAUAAUGUAGAAUAACAUCUCACCAAAUUCUCAACCAGUCAUGGACGACUCUGCCGUACUUAAAGUAAGAGGAUACAAAAUUGGCAUAAUCUUAGGUGAAGGCUCAUAUGCAAAAGUUAAGUCAGCAUUCUCAGAACGUCUAAAAUGCAGUGUUGCUGUGAAGAUUAUUAAUCGUAGAAAAGCUCCACCAGAUUUUUUGCAGAAGUUCCUUCCUCGUGAAAUGGAGAUCCUGACUGUAAUGAACCAUCAGUCUAUCGUAAAGACAUACGAAAUCUUUGAAACAUCUGUGGGCAAGGUAUAUAUUGUAAUGGAGCUGGGUGCCCAAGGGGACUUGUUGGAAUUCAUCAAGAGCAGAGGACCAACACCAGAAGACGUGGCACGAAAAUUGUUCUAUCAACUAGCCACGGCUGUAAAAUAUUGCCAUGAUUUAGAUAUUGUCCACAGAGAUCUGAAGUGUGAGAAUAUUCUACUGGAUAAAGCGUACAACAUUAAACUUUCAGACUUUGGUUUUGCCAGACGUUUAGGCCACGGCAACAGUAGUGAAAUGGUCCUCAGUAAAACUUACUGUGGAUCUGCUGCUUAUGCUGCACCAGAGGUCUUACAAGGAAUACCCUAUGAACCUAAGCUCUAUGAUAUCUGGAGCCUUGGAGUGAUAUUAUUUAUAAUGGUCUCUGGUUCAAUGCCUUAUGACGAUUCCAACAUAAAGAAGAUGUUACGUAUACAGAAGCAACACCAUAUAGACUUUCCACGAUCUAAACAUCUUUCUAAUGACUGUAAAGACAUCAUUAUCCACAUGCUUCAGCCAGACGUACACCAGCGUCUAACCAUAAAUGAAAUUUUGAACCAUAGCUGGCUUCAGCCUCUCUCAAAAGCUAAAGGAUCUGACCUUCCUCUUCAAAGUAAAAAGGAUGUGAACUCUGCUGAUCAGAUUUCUUAUUUUAGGCAAGAGGCCGCAAACAAAGAAAAAGCUGCUCCUAAAUCCCAAACACAAAAGGAAGUCCAGGCUUCUGAGGAGGCAAGUCUCCAAGAUAGAGUUCUGCAGCAAGAGCAAGUAAAGACAGCAGCAGACACAAACACAUCAAGCGAAGACGGAGCUGCAAUAGUCAGUCAUCAUAUACCAGUUGCAAGUAGUUAGAAGCUCAUUCAAAAAUGUGUUUUUCUCAGUGCAUAGUUCAAUUGUUGUUAUUUUCCAAAGGCAUUACCAUUCACAGACACUUACCUACUAAACCAGAUUUUCCAUUUUAAUCUCCUACACUAUAGCUACCUAAUGUCAUGAUAUUCAUCUUACUUGACCCUGGCUAGUAAUUUUAUUUUAGUGUAGGUGGAUGGAAAUAGACUCAAAAGUGCGGAUGUCAGGUCUCAUAGUGUAGACAUGUCAUGUCACAAUCAAUAGCGGAUGUCAUUGCUCACUGAAGCAGGAUCACCCCGUGUUCACUUAAUAUUAUUUAAAGGUAAGUAAAGAGCCUGCUUUUGGUACACGAUCUAUACGUUUUACCGUCAGCACCUCUUCGUAUGCAUGCAUGAGUGACACAAGGCAUUGGUGGUUGUA